AUGGACGAUCGGUUGAGUGCCCUCGAGGCUAUGAGGGAGGAGCUAGGCAACCAGCGCCUUCAGGAGCUUCCGCUCGAGGAUCAGCCGCGCCAUGCCAUCAUGGCCGGCCAGUUUGAAGAUAGUGAUGCCGCCGCCGUCCGAGGCCUCGACGAUUUGGGGGACCACGGCUCCAUGCCCGCAACUCUCAAAAUUAUCGCCUGCUCGUGGUCUUUCCUCGUCGAGAUGGGCUGUAGGAGAAAACGAGGAAAAGCCAAAAGUCGCAGCGCUGAACGUUGGAGUAGCCGGUGCUACAUUCGUGAAUACCUUCAAAAGGACGCGGCCAGACUUGAGGAUAAGAAGCCGGCCUCAAAUGACCAAUUUGCGCCCUUGGUCGCCAACUUAUACUCGCGCCACAAGUCACCAACCCCCACGGCUAACAGCAACGAGAAGCGGGAAGUGGUGUUAUUUCAAAUCCCCGCCAACCUUCAUGUUAGCGAGCUAAAACGAAGCCCUUGCCAGGUGAUUGGGCUUGUAAGGAAUGAACGUGAGACUAGAUUCGAGAUCAAGCUCGAGUCGGGCAACAGCAAGAGCCACAACAUCCUCGAUCUGCUCGCAAGGCAGCGAAAGGAUCAAGUUUGCAGCCUCAACUUUCGGACCCAAGACAACGAAAUCGUUCACUACAUUUUGACUUUUGAAUCGAUGGCCGGAGCCAGCUUCUUUGUGUUCUCACUGGACAAUUUCGGGGAUGCCACCAGGGCUAAGCUCAACGAGCGGCUCAAGCGAUUCGAUCUCACGGAGGCAGGAUUCCCGGCCGUGGAGCAAGAGGCUGACGGGUCUGCCAAGGACAAUAUGAAACCACUUGAUGUAGGCAUGCCCGGCUACAGGACUUUUACUCCCGUGCUCUCCAAGAACACUGCGAGCUUGCUCGGAGGCCUGGAGCUCGGCUCCGGCACUUCGGGUCUUGGGCAAGAUACGCGUAGAGAUAAGUCUGACAGGCUCACAUACAGCGUAGAGAAGCUCAAGAGCCUAGAGUCUGGCGCUAUUGAAAGUUCCAGCAAUGUCAAAGCCGUCUGUUCUCAGAUCCGGUCUCCGACACCCAUUAGGGACGCCGAAGCAAGCUCCCCGCUAGCAUAUCCUGCCCCAGACGCUUCUGCCGGACCCGGCGUGGACCGAGGCCUGGACGAGGCCGAAAGGAUUCGGAAGCAGAUGAUGGCCCAGGUGAAAUGGCUAACUGGCCAAGGUCCCAAAUAG